AAAAAAAGAGAUUCUGUUCAUUUUUAAAGACGUUUGACAAAAAGAAAAGAACACCAAUCAAAACCAUUUGUUAUCCAUAUUUUCUGUUUGUUCAUUUCCUAUUUUAUAAGUCUCUAUCAAAAGUAACAAUUAAUUAAAAGCGCUUUUGGAAUUUUUGGAGUGAGGAUGCAUCUGAAGUUUUCUGAUAUAAAUACAAAGAAGAUGAAGUGAGACUGUGAGAGAGAGAGUUGAAGAAAAAAAUAUUUACUAGAGAAAAAAAGAAGAAUCAUGGUGAUAAAAAGGAUAGAGAUGUGUAUAGAGCUCAUGAAGAUAGGUGUUGAGUUUGUCGUAGUGGUGGCUGAAACCGUCAAGAUUGUUUGGCGGGAACACCUCAACCACCGUACUGCUCUGCCUCCUCCUCCUCUCCUCCGCCAGGGCAUUUCCCCUUCUUACCCUUCUCAAUUCAUCUUUGGAUUUCUCCCUUGAAAAUCUUUUUUUGUUUUUUUUUACUUUUGUUGAAUCAUAUACCUUCGUUCCCUUGCCUUUGUCGUGGUGGAAUCUUCGAUGUAGUUUUUGUUGAUUCUUGUAACUCUUUAAUUUUGUUUCAAUAAGAUUUGCACUUCUCUCGAGUUUCUUUCUUCAUGGUCCCCAUUUAUUCAGAUUAUCUUUUGCAUAAAAUUGAGCAAUACGAGUGUAAUAAUUACGUGCGCAAGUUGGUUGAUGAAGAGCUUAAGAGGAACAACAACAACAAAAAGCCGCUGAAGAAAAAGACGUGCAAC